AUGCUCGAACGCUCAGCCUCGCCGACGCCACUUCUUGCCGUAGCACGCAGUUCUUUCUCGGAGGAGUCCCCGGACCCAAGUCCUCGGACAAUCAACACUACGAUUAUAAAGCACGCACAUCGCAAGCCUUCCCCUUCGCUCAAGCUCGUGCUCAUGUUCACCAUCGCAGCCCUCGUGCUCGUCAGCGUCCUGCAGUUCUCUGCGGUGAUGGGCGGCGUCGAUGCCGUCCGCCGCAAGAGCUCAAGCUCCCCAUCCGCCGCCUGCCUGGGGUUCUCCCCCAAGGCCUCCCCGGGCGUGGUGGUUGCGGAGCGGACGUACUACCCCGCGAAUACGACCGUCGUGAUCUCAAACGACUACCUCGGCUUCGGGUCCGCGAGUCUGCCCGCGUUCUGCCGCCUCCAGCUGUUAAUCACCACGAAUGCCACGGCGGGAUCUUUCGCUUAUACGGAAGUGUGGCUUCCGGAUAAAACGGCGUGGAACCAGCGCAUGCUGACCAUCGGCGGCGGUGGUGUCUCCGGAAGAGCGGACGUCGCGGCUCUCAUUGCGGGUGUGUCCACUAACGGAGGCCAUAACUCCUCUGCAUAUGACGGUACAUGGGGCGGACCUCACAACGAUGCGAGGCCAACAUUCUCAUCUACCAAGAACGCGAUCGUAGAUUUCGCAUGGAGGGCUGUUCAUCUCAGCGUCCUAGCAGGCAAGGACAUUAUUCAGCAGUCUCACCAGCAGGCACCAAAGCGGUCGUACUACCAGGGCUGUUCCACGGGCGGGCGGCAGGGCCUCAAAGAAACCCAGCUCUUCCCCACCAGCUUCGACGGCAUCGUUAUCGGUUCUCCCGCGAACUGGAUGCGGCUCGUGGCCUGGGGCGCGCACCUCUCCAAGCUCAUCGGGCCCGCGACGGCCUCGCACUUCAUCCCCGCAGCGACGUGGACGGGCGUGAUCGCGCCGGAGGUCAUGAAGCAGUGCGACGCGCUUGACGGCGUAACUGACAAUGUCAUCAACGAUCCCUCAGUGUGCAACUUCCGCCCUGAAACGUUGGCCUGCAGCCCGGGCCAAGAUCCCGCAACGUGCCUGAACGCGGACCAGAUCGCCAUUAUACCCCAGAUCUACGCGUAUUACUACGAGGACGGCAAGUUCGUGUUCACCGGGCUGAACUACGGCGGCGAGGACGUGUACUCUACGUUCCUCCUCGGGGAGACUCCCAACACGCUCAUCACCAACUGGGUGCAGUACAUGUUGCUCAAUGACACGACCUGGACGGUCGACCAGUACAACUCGAGCGUGUACAAGAUCGGGGACGCUACCAAUCCCGGGCACACAGAUGCAAUCAACCCGGACCUGAGCGCGUUUGCGGCACGUCCGCACAACAGCAACCAUCCCGACGGGGUCGCGCCUACCAAGAUCCUCGCUACGAAGUUUAACAACGACGUCGCGGCGGAUGGGGUCGCGUUCACGCGCCCGCUGUGCAAGGUCCGCCCCCUCAUCCGCUGA